AUGCCGCCCACCGUCGCAUCGUCGUCGCCGCCUCGCCUCUCGCCGCCUCUCGCGCGGAGCGUCGUGGCGCUGGCGGCGCUGCUGCUGCUCCUCGCGGUCCCCAGCAGCGCGCCCCCUCCGCACGACGGUCCCCCGCGCCAGCAGCGGCAGCAGCGGGGGGCGCAGUACAUCGUGGAGCUGCGCGGCGCCCCCCUCGCCACGUACCGCGGACACCUCCCCGGCUUCCCCGCCACCGCGCCCAGGGACGAGGGGGCCGACCCGCACUCUUCCUCUCCUCUCCCCCCGCCCCAGAGCGGCAGCAGCAGAAGCAGCAGCAAGCAGCAGCAAGGGCAGCAGCGGCGGCGGGGGAUUGACAUUAGGGCGGGGCACGUGAGGGCGCUGAGGCGGGCGCUGCAGCGGCAGCAGGAGCAGGUGGCGGCGGACGCGGGGGUGGCGGCAGCGGCCGUGCUGCUGCACGUGCACACCGUGGCCCACGCCUUCGCCGCUGCCCUCUCCCCCCUGCAAGUGUGGCGCCUCAAGAGGCACCCCGCCGUGGCCUCCGUGCGCCGCACCCGUGUCUUCCACGCGCCCGCCGCCACCACCACGCCUCCCUGGCGCGCUCGCCCCACCCCUGCGUGGAACGCAUCUGCCUCCACGGCAUCUGAGCCGCGCACGUACGAUGCAGACGCCGCCUCCUUCAUGGGGCUGCCGGGGUCGCUGUGGCAGCAGGCGGGCGGGCAGAGCAGCGCGGGCACGGAUGUGGUGGUGGGGGUGGUGGGGUCGGGCAUCUGGCCUGAGCACCCCGCAUUCCAUGCCUCGGCGUUCAGCGGUGUGCCGGCGGGGUGGCAGGGCGCGUGUGACUCAACGCCCGACUUCACGUGCAGCGGGAAGAUCAUCGGCGCGCGGCGCCUGUACGCGGCGAACCAGCACAGCACAGGCGGGCCCGACUUCAGCGCGGAGUAUGACUCGCCGCGUGACAUGCAUGGCAGCGGCACGUGGAGCGCAGCAGCAGCGGUGGGCAACGCGGUGACGUGGGCGGACGGGGCGACGACGAGUGGCAUGGCGCCGGGAGCACGGGUGGCGGUGUACAAGGCGGUGUGGGCGGGGUACGGGUUUGAGGCGGACGUGCUGGCGGGGGUGGACCGCGCCGUGGCGGACGGCGUGCACGUGCUGUGCGUCACGGUGGGGGGGUUCAAGGGCUCCCUCGCCACCUACUUCACUGACGCCCCCUUCCUGCACGCCCAUGCUGCAGGCGUGGUGGUGGUGAUGGGGGCGGGUGACUGGGGGCAGCCCAACUUCUGGCGGCUGCUGGGGGCAUACAUCCGCGUCAUCGACAACUUCUCGCCCUUCUACCUCACUGUGGGCGCCAGCACGGUUGCAGGGCAAGGGGGGUUGUCAGCUGUGGCGUCUGCUCGCCACACCAGCACAGCCUUGACACCUGCUGUUAGCAAUAGCAGUGUCUUCAGCGCCACAGCACCACAAUCAUUGGCAUCAUCAGCAGCAGCAGCAGCACAGCCAGCCAGCACAGCAGCUGCCACAGUGGCGGCCUUCUCCUCAGCGGGCCCGCUGGUGUGGCCGUGGUACCGGGUGCGCCCGCCCUUCCCCACCAACUCACUGCUCAAGCCCGACCUCCUCGCCCCGGGCGUCGACCUCUGGUCCGCCGCCCCCGCCACCACCAUUGGUGCCCCUGGAGACCUCAUAAACCGCACCGGCACGUACCUGGCCGCACCGCUGGUGGCAGGUGUUGCAGCAGUGCUGGUGCAGCUGCGGCCUGGGUGGUCGCCCGCACAGGUGAUGUCAGCACUCAUGACGUCCGCUCGCACCACCACGGCGGGCGGUGCGCCCAUGCGCACGGCGGCGGGUAGGAAGGCAACGCCGUGGCAGAUGGGGUGUGGGGUGGUGCAGGCGGCGCGCGUGGCGGAUCCCGGGCUGACCUUCGACGCCAGCGAGCGCCACCUGCGCAACUUCCUCGCGGGGCAGAGCUGGUUCCGCACGCGCAGGCUCUUCCCCGCCGCUGCUCUCACGCGCCUGCCCCCGCGCAACCUGAACCGCCCGUCCAUCGCGCUGGGGCGCGCCAAGGGCGUGACCAUCAUCCUGCGCACCGUGACGAGCGUGGCGGCUGUGCCGUCCACUUACACGGCCACGGUGGUCAACCCCUGGGGGGUGGUGCUCACGGUGACGCCGCGUCGAUUCACGAUCGCGCCUGGCGAGAGUGUGACGUACAGGGUGGUGGUGCGCGUGGUGGGCAAGUCGAUGAGUUUCUUCUACGGCAGCAUCACGUGGCGGGAUGAGGUGGGCCAUGUGGUGCGUUCGCCCGUGGUGGUGCAGCCACAGCGCCUGCUCAAGUGGUGCAUCGGGUGCACCAAGGAUGGCGUCAUCAAGUGGCCUGGCGGCCCGCCCUAG